AGCUGUCGGAGGAGCUGAGCGCCGGCAGGAGGCUCAGGCUGGGUCGGGUCGCAGGUGCCACGGCAGCUCUGGCCAUGAGGACCCUGUGGAUGGUGCUGUGCGCACUGGCACGGUUGUGGCCCGGGGCCCUGGCUGGUUGCACAGAGGCCGGGCGCUGCUGCCCUGGUCGGGACCCAGCCUGCUUCGCUCGCGGCUGGAGGGUGGACAGGGUCUACGGAACGUGCUUCUGCGAUCAAGCCUGCCGGCUCACCGGGGACUGCUGCUUCGACUACGACAGGGCGUGUCCAGCUCGCCCUUGCUUUGUGGGAGAAUGGAGUCCCUGGAGUGGCUGUGCCGGCCAGUGCCGGCCCACGACGCGUGUACGCAGGCGCUUAGUGCAGCAGGAGCCACUGAACGGAGGGGCACCCUGCCCGCCCCUGGAAGAGAGAGCCGGCUGCCUCGAGUACUCCUCAUCGCAGGGCCAGGACUGCGGGCAUUCCUUUGUUCCUGCCUUUAUAACUAGCUCUGCAUUCAACAAGAAGAGAGCAAUACAAGCCACAUCUCCACAGUGGUCUACACACACCGAAGAUGCCGGAUACUGUAUGGAGUUCAAGACAGAGUCUCUGACUCCUCAUUGUGCCCUGGACAACCGACCCCUGACUCGAUGGAUGCAGUAUCUCCGAGAGGGAUACACUGUGUGUGUGGACUGUCAGCCUCCAGCUAUGAAUUCUGUGAGCCUGCGUUGUUCUGGAGAUGGCCUGGAUUCUGAUGGAAAUCAGAGUCUUCGCUGGCAAGCCAUUGGCAAUCCUCGAUGUCAGGGGACCUGGAAGAAAGUGCGGCGAGUAGAGCAUUGCUCCUGUCCAGAAGUGCACCACUUCAUUUUCAUAUAGAGCAGCUGGGAGCCACCCGCGUGCGUUCACCAGCGGGCACAGCAUUGCUGAGUUCAACACUCCACAAGCCUCCAAAACUAUGCCAAGUCCCGGGCACCCUCCAUUGCCAUGCUUUGCCUCUGAGAAAGAAAACUUAGGGAUAGUUCCCAAGGUUCACAACCUUUUUGCCUUUAUUUUUACUGAGUUAAGGACCCAUACUACAGGCUCUGUGGCCUAUGACCUUGACCUUACAUUUGGCCACAGAAUAUGUGUCUGUUUGUACUAGAAUCACUACCAUGGGCUCCAGUUUGGGGUAAGUUCUUGUUUAAGGGCAUCUACAAAUUCUUUGUCUUUAUUGGUGCUUUGUUUUAAAUUAAAGACAGGGUCUCACUAUGUAGCCUAGAACUUACUAUGCAGACCAGACUGGCCUGAUUCAUAUAUUCACUGCCUCUGCCUUGUGAGUGUUGGGACUACAGUGUCCCACUACACCCAUGCUGGCUUUUCUUUGUCCUUCAUUUUUUCAUUUUGGAGUGGGGAGGGGUGGGGUUUCUGUGUAGCCUGGCUGUCCUGGAACUCAUUCUGUACAGCAGGGUGGUGUUGAACUCAGAAAUCCACCUGUGUCUGCCUCCCAAGUGCUGGGAUAAAAGACAUGCACUGCCCAUUCUUAAAAGCUUCUCACUUGCCGGGCGGUGGUGGCGCACACCUUUAAUCCCAGCACUCGGGAGGCAGAGGCAGGUGGAUUUCUGUGAGUUCGAGGCUGGGCUGGACCGAUAGCCUCCAAAACAAUACAGAGAAACCCUGUCUCGAAAAACCAAAAAAAAAAAAAAAAAAAAAAAAAAAAGCUUCUCACUUCAAAAAAUAUACAUAUAUGUGACUCUCACACAUCAAGUUCCUAUAUAUUAACUUACAAGUAAAUAGUCACAAAUAAUUUUCCACAGGGAGUUGUUAAAAUUUCUCUUGGUGUUUUGUAAUGAAAAGUCAAUGCCCAUGCUAAAAAAAAGUUUAAAAGAAGAAAUUUUCUUUCGUUAGUUGAAAAGAUCAAAUAUCCAUGGGAAUUGCUUAAAGUGCUAAACUUCUCCUGAAAUUUUGGCACCAAUGAAUGAGCCAAAUGCCUUAAUUAUAAGCCGUCUACCAUCAUUCAUAUGUAAGAUUGUUUCCAAUGUUUAGUACCUGAAGCAGAAUAAAACAAUCUUUUAAUGUCCAA